AUGAGAUUGUUUUUGCCUUAUUUGAGGCAAGGAAGGACGUAUUUCAGUGCAACUAAGCCAUUCUUCACUGCAGGUAAGUCGUAUAAAGUUUAUAGAAAAUCGUGUAUUGUAUUGUGCAAUUUGCUACUAAUUUAUUAUUUCACUUUGUCUAACGCCAGAUGAUUUUACUCGUCAAGGGGAGAGUUUGUUAUUAUCUAUCAAAGCAUCUUCAUAGCCAAAAGAUGUACAGUCAAAAUCUUAUAUUUUCACCUCCGUGCCUAAUUAAAACAAUGCAUAACAAAAGAAAAAGCAAUUAAUCACUAACGUGUCGUAGCUUAGCUAAGAUCUAUUCCUAGUUAAUAAUAAUUAUGAAUACGUGUGUAGUUUAAUGAAGUGAAAUUCAUCAACUUAAGUACCAAAGGGAGUUCAUUUUCAAUGGUUUUAGACCCAACUCUCAACGGUGAAAAUAUGCGAUUCUGACUAACAUUUUUUAUCGGAUUCGUAUUUGCUCAUUUUUUAUCCAUUUGGCAUGAAGAAGAUAUCAUUCAACAGCUAAAAGCAUGAUCUUUCCGAAUGUGUUCAUACACAGAGUAAUUCGGAUACAAUAGCACGCUGAAGUUCGAUUACCUUUUUUUGAUACACCCUGUAUAGGUGAUCAGGUGUGCGGGUUGUGAUAAGGUGGAUGAUGGUGAUGUAGAUUGUACUAACCAGUGGCGUAGCCAGCCCGACAAUUUAGUCCCGCUAUGCAAAUUCAAAAUUAUUAUCAUUAUUCAUUUCUUUAAUGAACCGACGAAAAUAUUUGCAUUGUGGGACUAAAUCGUUGGGCUGGCUAUGCAACCUACUCUACUGGCGCUAACCAGUAAAACUAGCCUAAGGCACAAAUUUCCAACACAAGUGUUUUUGUUAUAAUUUGCCUAGCAAGGUCACAGGCAAGGAGAAAUCCCAUUGUUUGUUUGGCCUUCACUUGAUGGACAUUAAGUUCAACAUUUUGUAGGUUUGAACUUCACUUCAAACAUGGAUGUCACUUCAAGAAAAGCUCAGUUGGCGUGUGAUAGAAAAAAAUUUGAAGAAUCAUUGCCGAAAAUAAUCGAUCAAGUCAUCGGCCCUCAUUGUGAGCAAACCAAAGAUGCGAUUGAACAUUAUCGACAGGUACUGUAUGCAUUAAGAUACUACUUUCUGUGAGUCUUUAAAUUUGAAAGUCUUUCCUUGAAAGUCUUUAAAUUUGAAUGUAGGUCUUUAAGGUCUUUGAAAAGUCUUUGAAAGUCUUUCAAAAUCUUUAAAUUCUUUAGUGAUUAUUUGAUUAUACGAUUUCCUAGGCAAUAAAAUAGAUUGAUUGAAGCAAGAUUUUCGCAAAUAUCGACGAAAAAGUGCAUUUUAGGAUGUGAUUUGACGGGACUAAUUACCUGGUAAAAAUGGUCCUUAUACAUCACAAUUUUUUGACACCUGAUUGCUCUCAAAGGUCUUUGAAAAGUCUUUGACAAUAGGUAGAAAAAAUCUUUGAAAGUCUCUGAAAUUUUUUGGUCUUGGAGACUACAAACCCUGUUGAACGGACUAGUUUUCAGUUUGUGGAAGGAUUUUGUACAUGGAAAAUUUUGAGUUUCAUACAUUUUUUACAUCUAACCAGGAGUAGUUGUGGAAAAUGCAAAUAUAGGCCCCUGGCCGGAAUCAAACCUGCGAUUCCGGUGCAUAUAGCUUGUAGAUGGCUGCCUUGAAAUACAUAUCCUUUGUAUGGGAUAUUUUUUGCUAGCCUAUAAACAUUUACUAAGAAAAUCGAAGUAUAGCAAAGUCUUGUGUCUGCAUAUGGUUUACGAAACCAGUUUCAAGCUUUCUUAAAUGGAUGUGGUCACCUAAUUUGUAGGAGACUUAACUAAACUUUGCUACUCAAAACAUUUUAACCAUGAACUCCUGGUUUCAUUAACCAGACUAUGGUAGGAAUUGAUAAAAAAAAUAAGCAGUAUUUUACUUUUCAGUAUAUAUAAUGUAUGUUAGAGUGUCUUAUAUCUGAUGAGGCACGGACUACAAGUGCUUUAAAUGGCUUAAAAAACGACCCAUCUUAUGAGUUCAUUGGCGAAGUAAUUUUAAAAAUAAAAGUUGUCUAAGCCGUGAAAAUCGAAGCUAAAGUUUAUGUAAAUGAACAUGAUUUUUUAUCACAUAUAAAACCACUGACACGGCAGUGAUUUCCUUUGACUUUUCCUCAUGAAUUAUUAAUGCGUUUUUUUCUUUGUAUUUUAGUCUCUCAUGUACAAUGUGCCAGGAGGUAUGUUUCCGUCUUUCCUUGUAAACACAAAGAGAUCAAAAUACGCGAAUUAUCGCACCCUGGAUGUACAGUAAAGUUUAAUUAGGCCACAUUUACACUGUACAAGAUACUCAGCUUUCCGUAGUGAUGUGAAAAAACACCUUCCGUACCUUUUAUGAACGCUAUUUUCAGAGGAAUUGUUGCAACAGAGAGAUGUUGUUUCGCUCAGCUUCUAAAAGUUGUGCAUUCCGUAUCGGAUAGACUCUUUUUCGCGCCGCUACGGAGUACGGAAAGCUAUCAGUAGGCUAUCAGGUAUAGUGGAAACGUAGCCUUAUUCAGUUAUUCUGCUAUAACGUAUGUUUGAUUGGAUUCCCGUAGGUAAAAUGAAUCGCGGGAUGACAGUUCUGGCAACAUGGCGUCUUCUUCUCGGAGACAGGACGCCCACAGAUGAUGAAUAUUCCUCAGCCAUUGCUCUGGCAUGGUGUGUUGAACUA